AUGCCGAGCCUGCGCGCGCUGAGAUCAGCGCGCCCAGGCUUCGCGGACCUCUCCGCGAGCAGCGGCAGCGCUGCCGCUGCUUGCGGAGAGUUGCCGGCAUGCCGAAGCCUGCGCGCGCUGAGAUCAGCGCGCCCAGGCUUCGCGGACCUCUCCGCGAGCAGCGGCAGCGCUGCCGCCGCUGCUGCGGAGAGUUAG